GCGAUGAACGCGAGCGCCUCUUCCCUCAAUGAGUCCCAGGUGGUGGCAGUGGCGGCAGAGAGCGCGGCGGCAGCAGCUACAGCGGCAGGGGCGCCGGACACCAGUGAAUGGGGGCAUCCUGUCGCGGCCGCGGCGCUGGCAGGCGGGGGCGUGGCUAAUGCGUCGCUGGAGCUGUCUUCGCAGAUGCCCGCGGGGCCGCCUGGGCUGCUACUGUCAGCGGUGAAUCCAUGGGACAUGCUGCUGUGCGUGUCGGGGACAGUGAUUGCAGGAGAAAAUGCACUGGUAGUGGUGCUCAUCGCGUCCACCCCGGCGCUGCGCAGGCCCAUGUUUGUGCUGGUGGGCAGCUUGGCCACCGCAGACCUGCUGGCCGGCUGCGGACUCAUCUUGCACUUCGUGUUCCAGUACGUGGUGCCCUCGGAGACGGUAAGCCUGCUCACGGUGGGCUUCCUUGUGUCCUCCUUCGCUGCCUCGGUCAGCAGCCUGCUGGCUAUAACAGUGGACCGCUACCUGUCCCUCUACAACGCGCUCACCUACUACUCACGGCGGACCCUGUUGGGUGUGCACCUUCUGCUCGCCGCCACCUGGACGGUCUCUCUAGGCCUCGGGCUGCUGCCGGUGCUAGGCUGGAACUGCCUGGCAGAGCGUACAACCUGUAGCGUGGUGCACCCUCUGACGCGCAGCCACGUGGCGCUGCUCUCCGCGACCUUCUUUGCGGUCUUCGGCAUCAUGUUGCACCUGUACGUGCGCAUCUGCCAGGUGGUCUGGCGCCAUGCGCACCAGAUCGCGCUGCAGCAGCACUGCCUGGCGCCACCCCACCUUGCAGCCACCAGAAAGGGUGUGGGUACGCUGGCUGUGGUGCUGGGUACUUUUGGUAUCAGCUGGCUGCCCUUUGCCAUAUACUGCUUGGUGGGCAGCCGCGAGGACCCGGCUGUCUACACCUACGCCACCCUGCUGCCGGCCACCUACAACUCCAUGAUCAAUCCUAUUAUCUACGCCUUCCGCAACCAAGAGAUCCAGCGUGCCCUGUGGCUCCUGUUCUGUGGCUGUUUCCAGUCCAAAGUGCCCUUCCGCUCCAGGUCUCCCAGUGAGGUCUGA